AUGCACCAGUACAACCCCAUUCGUGCUCUCCGCGCCCGUCGUCUGAACGCGAUUGCUGCACUUGAGAAGUACUUCGACACCAACCCACUCGGACAGAAGACCGCCCAGCACAUCCUGAAGGGCAAGGAAAUCUUCGCUGAACUUCGUCAGAGACUGCGCAAACGCCUUGCUGACUACAUCAAAAAUGUCCAAGACGAGAACUAA